AUGUCGCACUCCAUCAUCUCCCCGGCUAUCCUCUAUUGGGGCACUCCCGUUGUCCUCGUCUCUUCCGAGAACGAAGAUGGGUCUGAAAACAUCUGUGCCAUCUCUUCUGCAUUUUGGCUGGGACAUCGAUGCAUCCUCGGCUUUGCCGCCGAAAGCAAGACGCCAAUCAACAUUCUUCGAACUGGCCAAUGUGUCGUCAAUCUUCCCGACGACAGCAUGGCUCGCCACGUCAACCUGCUAGCGAAUACAACUGGCACCGAGAAUGUCUCUGACUCAAAGAAGGACAGAGGAUACCACUAUGUCAAGGACAAAUGGACUUGCGCGGACCUUACGCCCCAGAAAUCUGAUCUCGUUCGCCCGCGUCGGAUUUUGGAAUGUCCUGUUCAGAUGGAGUGCGAGUUAGCCGAGGCCCAUCAAGUUAUGAAGGACUUUCCUGAUCUCAAGGGCGUCAUCGUCUGCAUUGAGCUCAAGAUUCUUCGAACUCAUGUUGUGGAUUCGAUUCGCAUGCCGGGAUAUCCCAACCGUAUCGACCCCGACAAGUGGCGGCCCAUGAUUAUGUCUUUCCAGGAGCUCUAUGGCUUGGGAGGAGGAAAGCUGGACAAGAGCAUCUUGGGCAAGGUUGAGGAAGAAAAGUAUCGUCGACUUACACGAAGUGACGUGGUUAAAUUGCCUGGAGAUGACGACAAGGAAGAAGUUGAGGCGGUUUAUUCGCAGGCAAAUGGAAGCCUUGAAGAUGGAAACUAG